UUAUCGAGCACAACGAACCGUUUAAAAUGGUGCUAAGACAACGAAAAAACACAAACAUUCAGAAAGUCGUCCAGGAAUUGGAUGCAUUUCCCAAAGUGCCCGAGACCUUCGUGGAGCAGACCACUUCCGGCGCGUCAAUUUCCGUGGUCACUUUCCUGUUGGUGACCUCUCUGCUUUGGUCGGAAUUGGCUUAUUUCUGGAAUCCGGGAUUCCGUUUCAAAUUCACCCCUGACUCGGAUUUCGAGUCAAAACUGACCAUUAAUGUGGAUAUGACCGUGGCGAUGCCUUGUGAUAUGAUUGGAGCUGACAUUCUGGACUCGACGAAUCAAAAUACGUUCAGUUUCGGGAGAUUAAAGGAGGAACCCACGUGGUUCGAAUUGGACCACCUUCAACGCAACCAUUUCGAGGCCAUUCAAACCUUCAACGAAUAUCUCCGUGAAGGGUCGCAUUCCAUCCAAGAUGUGCUUUGGAAAUCGGGCCAAUCCACCUUCUUCGGAGAAAUCCCACCCCGACGGAGCACGCCCGAGGAACCUCACGAUGCUUGCCGAGUCCAUGGCUCUCUGAGUUUGAAUAAGGUGGCCGGAAACUUCCACAUCACUGCCGGGAAAUCUGUUCCUUUAAUGGGUGGACAUGCCCAUUUGACGGCCUUCAUGGGCCCUCAAGACUAUAAUUUUAGUCAUCGCAUUGACAAGUUCUCCUUCGGAAGUCCCCAUGGAGGUGUAAUCCAACCUUUGGAAGGGGAUGAAAAAAUUGCCGACAAAAAUAUGAUGAAUUUUCAAUACUUCAUCCAAGUCAUCCCCACCGAGGUCCAAAUGGUCAGUGGUUUUACCUAUCCCACAUAUCAAUAUUCUGUCAAGGAGCAGCUCCGACCCAUUGACCAUACCACGGGAUCCCAUGGCGUCAGUGGGAUCUACUUCAAAUACGACGUGAAUGCCCUGAAAGUGCUGGUCAUUCAGGAUCGGGAGCCGCUCUGGCAAUUUCUGGUGCGACUUUGUGCCGGCAUAGGCGGCCUUGUGGCCACCAGUCAAAUGGUGUGUGGUCUUAUCCAAGCCUUGGUUCGAUUCUAUUGCUGCCCAGACAUACCCGAGAAGAAGCAAUCCAAUGUGAGUGGGAUGAAGACGGUGGAUCUCAUUCCUCCCCAGGAGCGGGUGGCUCCGGGAGCCGAGAGGCACCAUCCCCACGCAGUCACCCUGGAUCAGGUUCAGAAGCUCAUUCAUGACCAAUAAGCAAUGCAUCAACAUCACUAUCUACGCUUUCUUUUUAAUCUUUUGGGAUUGUUCCUCGACCUCCUUCCAUUUUCCCGCUCGCUCACUGACGUCAAUGAAAUGACCGCUUGAUUGAA